AUGGACAGACAAAAUGCUGUGUGGAUCCUGGUAUUCGUGCUCCUGAUCCCCCUGGGUGUGGCAGAGACCACAGACCCUCUGACAGAUUUGGAAAAUAUCGCUGGGAAGCUGGUUUUCUAUCAAAUCGAGGGAAAUGCCACCUUCGUGAGGGACACUGGAGAGCUGGCUUCAGAUGUUCCCACUGAGACCAUGUUCGAGCUCUUUGAUCCACACAUGAAUUUCAGCACUGCAAAGUUCACCUAUACAUGGGACCUGGGGAACGGAGAGGUGAUCCAAGGGACUGAGCCGUUGGUGCGCUAUCAUUACCCUGUGUCAGGGAACUACACACUGCGGCUAAAAGUGGGAGCUAAUCUGAACAAAUCUGCACCUCAGAUCACAGAUGUCUAUUCCAUGGACGUCAAAGUGCUUGAUGCCAUUAAGAACAUCGAGCUGAAGGGGCCUCCAGAUUACGAAGUGUCUCAGAACACAGGUUUGGCCGUUCAUGUGGAUGGAAGCCCCCCCAUGUGGGUAUGCUGGCGUUUCCUGCCCAACUGUGUGCCGGACCCAUCGGGAGGCUGCACACUAACCAUGCUGUAUGAAAACACACUGAGACUGAACCACACCUUCACCUCUGCCGGCAUCCACUGCCUGGACAUCAGCGUCCGCAAUGACAUCAGUAACAUGCAGAGCUCCUUCAGCAUCUUCGUCAAGAGAAAUAACAUACACCUGUUCUUCAUCCUGUCCUGUGCUGCCAUACUUGUUGCAACCUUCUCCUUCAUCGCAGUCAUCGCCUGUCGCCCUCGACAUCCCAACAAAUCACAGGUAUCUGCCUCCAGUAAUGCUUUAUUCCUGAAGAACCAAGAAUCUGAGGGUCAAAGCAAGAUUCUCUUUAAAUUCUCUAAUGAGAGGACAGAAGAGAAAGAGCCUCUCCUGGUGCAGUAUGGGACUCAAUACUCCUCUUAAUUACUUGUUUACAGCAUGCUGUGGAUACUUUGAACAAGGUGACCCACAGUUAUAAUGUUACAGGAUAAUAACAGGUCUCAUAUUGCAUAUCAUUUUGUUGUAGAUGUACAGUAUGAAGCUAGAUACAUGGAUCAUUAGUACAAACUACAAACACAUCAUUGAACUUGAAUACUUUGGCUGCAUUAAGAAUGUCAGCAUGCAUUCAGUAUUCAGAUAUUGACAGUUUGUGAUGUGAUAAGGUUGACGCCAUGAUUUAGCCAUUAAUGAUUGCUAAUUAGCUUCAGAUUUUUUUUUAUACACCGGGUGAUGACGAUCAAUCAAUCAAUCACUGUGUCACAGAGGAUAGCCUGACAUUCAAAUGUUCUCAUAAUAAAUUAAAGGCAUAACUGCAGCUCAUGUUUAAACAAUGACUGUCUAUUAGGCAAGCUGUGAAUGGAUCUGGUCACUUAUUAAUUUAUGCUUCUUUUUUUUUCUGUUGGUGUGUUUAUGGGAGCCCAGCUUUGCUUUACUUUCCUGAAGAAGUCACAGCAUAUGUCAUUUUAAAUUAUUUCUUUUUCCUCCCAGCUCUUAAUAUAAAACUCUUUAAAGCUGGUAGUAGAUGCCUGUUUGAACAUUUUGCCUGUUUUUUGCAUCCUAAAUAAGUUGUAGAUCAGGUGAAUACUGAUAGAUACUCUUAAAUUUCCUCAUUCAUGUACUUAUUUGUAUAAAUACAGGUUGUUCUCUAAAGUAAGGCUGAGCAAAAAAAAUCAUCAAGUUAAUUUUUGUUAUUGGAGUAAUUAAAACAAUAUUUUUGCUAUACAUUUCUGUACCCCCUACAUCCUGCCCACAUGUAAUUUAUUUUGUUGUGUGUU